UAGUCAGAGCAGAUGCAGCUCGCGCACGCAGACGAACAUCGCGCAUUAUUUCAUUCGGAAUUAAAGUGAAUUAAAACGUCCUCGGUACAAGACUGGAGUUAUUCGAGUUAAGAGUUAGAGUCAAGCGUCUCAAAUGGAGACAGAAGCCAUGGAUGUCCAACAGCAGGACGGAGCGCAGGGCAGCGCACCGGACAGGGUCGUGCCCCAGGAGAAUCAUGUCCACACGACACAACCACAGGCCAUCCGCAAACCUGACGUCACAGGUCCUGUCUCAGCUGAGAUUGUUGACAGCGGAAGCAACGAGUCCCUGACAGAUGGUGUCACAACCAAUGACGACGCUUUACUGCUUCCUGACCACAUACCUACAAUUUCACGCAAAAUAGAGAAAGGCAAUGUGAAGCCCAGUCUUCCCAAUGGCUCCUCUCCUCCAGUCAGUGGGUCUGCUAUCAUCCAUACACCGCCGGCUUCUUCAUCAGGAGGAUCGACACCUCGCCCAAUAACACAAAAGAAAUGCAACGGACAUGCAAAGUGCAACGGACACAAACACCCUCACAGAAAACACACGCCCUCCACCUCCAAGAGCCAGCAGAGCUUCAAAGGUGAUGCUUCACAGAUACAGAGAGUAGCUGGAGACGACUGCUGUGCACACUGCAUCCUAGCCUGUCUGUUCUGCGAGGUGCUGUCAUGGUGUUCGGCUGUGGCUCAGUGUUUGGCCUGCGGUCUGGAGUGUGACGCUCUCUGCUGCUGUGGGGAAGCAGCCACCGGUGGUCUGGCGUGCUGUGCUGAGGACACCUGCUCUGCCCUGCUGGAUUGUGGGAUACUGGAGGACUGUUGCCAGUCUUCAGACUGUCUGGAGAUCUGUUUGGAAUGCUGCUCCAUCUGUUUCCCGACCUAAACGGGAUUCUCUACAGAGUGAUAUCAAGUGCUCAAAGGACUGUAAGCAUUGGAUACAGUAUAUUAUAUUGUUUUCCAGCAUUUUGUAUUUAUUCAGUAUGAAGAAUGAAUUUGCUGCAUCGAUCAAAGUUGGACUGUUCUGUACGAGGCUACUCUCUGAGGCCUUAAACCUGAAGUGUGUUAUUUUUUGUUUGUUAAAAUACACACAAAAUCCAUGUUUGAAUGUGAAUCAUUGCUUUGUUUAUUGGAGAAUUGACCAAUGGCGUUAGUUCAGGAACUCUUUAUCACUAUUGAAAUUCUGUUUGGUGACACUAGUGGCACAGAAAUGACACACUUCAUCUUUAACGGUGAAGAGCAAAAGAUUUAG